AUGCUUCAACAAUACUACAACAAAAACGACUACAUGUUGGUCCAAGAUCAGAAACACAUCAUGUCAUUAGAUGAUGGCGAAAAUGUUUCCAUGGCAACCACAAUGAUAUCUGACGCUUAUCCUGGCAGCAAAACAACUAGCCUCUACGGAAGAUCUUCAUCUCUCUGCAGACGCAUCAGCACAAGCAUUAGAAAGAAUUUACAUGACACAUUACAAAGCAGAAGAGAAAGCAAAAGAGAGAAACGACCUCAAGAUGGCAAGACCAAUCCCAUGGAAUAA